AUGAACAGGGUAUUGCUGAGAGGGCCUUGGUGCCAAAGAGGGUUACUCCGUGUUCCUUCUGUUGUCCCUCACUCCGUGGCGUCCCGGCCUACAUUUGAUUUUGUGAAUCGACCUUUCGCUUCGGUUUCUUGCCUCCAGUCUGAGCGGCCUUCCUCCUCGUCCUCCGAUGUACCACCCGCCUCACUCGAAGCAAAGGGAGCAUCCACGGAGAUCCCUGCGUCAAAUAGUGCGCCGCACAUCCCGUGGUACCUGCAAGAAGAAACCUCUGUCGCCGAGUCACAGCAGACAUCUUCGCGAGAUCAGAUUCCUGAACUGCCGGAGAAUCCUCCGGCAAUCCUUCCCGUACUCCUCGACUAUGUGUUUAAAGAUAUUGGGUUGGAUUCUUUGAGGCUGCUUGACUUGCGUGGGCUGGAGACUCCGCCUGCGCUCGGCGCAAACGUCAUCAUGGUCAUCGGAACUGCGCGUAGCGUCAAGCACCUGAAUGUAUCUGCAGACCGUCUCUGUCGUUGGUUGAGAAGCACAUACAAGCUGUCUCCCUACGCUGAUGGGCUACUCGGUCGAAAUGAGCUGAAAAUCAAGCUUCGGAGGAAAGCUCGCCGGGCUAGGCUUGCGAGUAGGUCAGGCACCAUGUUUGAUGAGAAGGACGACGGAAUCACGACGGGCUGGAUUUGUGUUAAUGCCGGCGUGGUUGAAGAAGCCCCUGUCAAAGGAAACCAGGAUUACAGCUUUGAAGGAUUUGGUCAUACCACCCCGGGCACUAGGGUGGUUGUGCAGAUAUUCACCGAGGAAAAAAGAGCUGAAGUCGACCUUGAAGGCCUUUGGAAGAACCGAGCCGAACGAGAGAAACGGAAGCUUGGCCAGCUCGAUUCCGCCGCUCCUGCCGAGGAGGUUUCCCUCGGAUCCUCGCUUCCAGCCGAAGAGGCUGCUUCACAUCGACCAUCAUCCUACUAA